AUGUACACUCUUCAUUCGGCCAAGGCUGUUUUACUUAUGCUUCUCCAUGCUGUGCUGAGUUUUGGUGAACGCAGUCCCAAGGCUGUUAUCCUCCAUAAGUGUACCAAAUCAGCCCCAUGCAGUUAUACAUACGAGCAAGUCUACAACAGCUUAGCAAAGUCUGAAAACAGUUUUAAUAUUUCAUCUGCCCUGUAUCCUGGAAGGUCAAAGCCAUCAUCAGUCCGUGUGUUCGUCAAUGUGUAUGGUCCCAAUAAAACAAAGGAAUCGAUACCAGCUAAAUACACAUGGAGUAUGUCUUGCUUUUAUUCUGCGGUCCCUGCUUUUGCCCUGGAAGUUUUGUCACUGGGUUCCAUCCUUGUUAAACGUCGUACUCAAGAACUCAAUUUACAAAUUCCACUAUUUUGUUGCAACAUCUCUGACAACGAGGAACAAAGGAAACAACAAAUUGGAAGCCGUCUGAUAAGAGUGCUUGCUGAAGUAAGUUUAAUAUAUAUUCACUGUGAUAUCUUUUGUACAUGUACAUGUAGCUAUCAAGUUCCUAUCAGUUCUCUCUAAUAUUCCUCUGCUUGGGUGCAGAUGUCUGCUACAUGUAUUUCAGCCUAAAGGAGAAUUUAAUAAGUGCACUCUGAAAAUGUAGAAACAAGAACCUUUUGCAUGUUUGAUUCCCUGGAAAAUUAAUAUAAGCUGUGUCUAAUUUUUUUCUGUUAUAAUAUGUUCUGGUUUGUUUCUAACUCAGUUGCUGAAACAAAACUGGUGAUUUUUGUUGUUCAUCAGAAUUCAAAACACUAAGUUGCAGGUUAUUCCGUUGUGCACAAAAUAGCCUGCGAGACAGGCAUUCGAAAGGGAAGGAGAUGGGCUUUGGGCGCAAGACCUCGCGCGAGGGAGAAGGGAGGAGGGGAACGCCUGCAAGGAAGCCAUUUUCUUUGCCAUUCCGCCUACUAAUUAUGUAUUCAAAAAUAGUGCAACUGCGAAUGUCUAGCUGUAAAUACGUCUGGCAGCGAUGCAAAUAUUCUAGUCGUAUUUCUCGCGCUGUUUUUCUUUUGUUUUCCUAAAAUAAAAAAGGCUUAGUGAAGGUACUAUUUAAAAAAUUUCAAUUGCCGUCGUCCAUUGAAGGAAGAAGUUGCAACGAAGCGUGCCGAGUUAUAUAAAAUCCAGCAUAAAUCUAUUCAAGCCGUUGCUGAAGGAAUCGGGCUAGAAAACUAUUAAGAAAUGUAAUGGCUCUUCGCAACUUGAAUGCAAUGUUUGUCUGUGAAAAAUUAAAACACUUUGCUAACUCUUUGAAUUUCUACUGGGAUGAAUUGGAUCCAGCGGAGCAUACAAAAGAACGCUUGUAGUGGGGAAAGAAGAGCUGAACUUCAAAGAUCUGCAAAAAGGCUGCAAUUAAAUAUUAAAGGAGGUUCCUGGUGGUUUUUUAAAAAUUGAUGCCUUCAGUUUCUAAUUGUAAUGAUAAAUUCCCGUACUGAAAUAUGUUCACGCUUCACUCGCCAUAACAACAUAUUGAAAGAUCGAUUAAGUUACUCAAAUAGCGUGAUGUUGAUUUCAACCAAUCAGAUUAAGGCAUUAAGGUUGUGAUUGAAAUUCGUUUUGAAGCCUAGCCAAUCAGGAUUUUAACAUUCAGCUGGUGAAUGUUAUAACGUAAAAGACAAUUUAUAGUGUCUUUGAAGGCUUUCCCUUUCCUCCUUCCUCGCGCGCCCCUCGCGCUCCUCUCACGCCCAAAAGUCCCUUCCCUUCCCUUCUGAACACCUGCCACGUAGGCUGUGCACAGAAUGAUCUUUUAAUUUGAGUUCUAAAGUGUCAGCCUAGGAUUGUUACUAUACAUACCAGCGCAGUCAAUCAAUAGAAAUCGGUGAUUUACUUACUGAUGACAGAAAUUGGUUAAAACUGAUAAAGAACUUUGGUGUGUCAAAUCGAUAUUGAUUUUUCAUGAUUUUGUCGAUUUAUAAUGCAAAUCCAGCUGACAUUGCUAUUUGUUGGUGUGAAGUAAAUAACACAGCUGGGAAUACAAGCAAGAAAUCAACACCGCAGUGCUAGUUUACGGUUGAAAAGAACUGAAACAAAUUCCCACAUCCAUGAAAAAAUAAUAAUAAUAAUAAAAAUGAUCUAUUAGCUAAAAGCGAGAAAUGUGGAAACUCUGAGACACACAAGUAUCGCUUAAGAACCCUGUGUUUACACAUUGACUGGAAGAAUAAACAGGACAUUGUGAACAAAUCGUGAAUUCGUGAAGUCCCGAGGGCGCUCAAGGGAAACUUGUGUGGAGGUGUUCCAUCGAGGACUUCAAACCCUGACCCUGUUUUUUAGACAAAAACCAUUCCGAUUCAAGACGAGACCUUAUUUCUUGCCCUGAUUCAUUUGGCUUCGCAAACAGGAUUAUUUUUAAAAAAGUAAUUUUUAAACAACCAUGAAGUUAGAUUUUUGUACAAAAAAUUGUUGGCGCUACAAAUUAAUUUAGAGCCCGACUCAUCGCAAGCCUUCACACUCUUUUUAGCUCCCAGUUAAAAAAAAAAACAGAUACCCUGUUCACAAUAUGUAAAUAGUUAAAUCUUAUUCCCCUUUUGAAGACUUGAGACCCUGAGGGUUUGAACCUUCCCUCACCCCUCUGAAGAUUACAGUUUAAUAUCAUACUAAGGCCCCGUUUAUAUGAGGAGAAAAGUUGUCCUACGUAAAAUCGUCAUCCGCCUACCCGAGCCUCUCUGGGUGAGCCAACACAUUAUAUACUUUUCAUACAUUCCUUACAAAACGUGGCGAACCGUUUACUUGAGAAAAAAAUGGCUGGGCUAGAAUGGUAUAAAAAUUGCUUUGAAAACACUGCAUAUUGCAGCUGAAAAUAAGUUCCUGCGUUUAUCAAUAACAAGCGAACUCUGAAAUUCAGCAAUGAACCUUGAAACACAGAAACUAACAAAACGGAUUUAAAGUCUACCAGUCAGAAAUCACACCGCGGAAGUAGGCUUGUUUCCUAAGAGGUACACAAGGAUGAUUGACAGUAGCGAAGAAGGCAAACCCCUCAACCGUUAGUUGGCUUUUGAACUUCAGAUUUCGCGUGCUGUUGAAUAAAUAUUGAAUUCAUUUGAAUAAAACGUUAGGUUUGUUGAGUGUCAUUAUUAUCUUACUGCUCCACAGUUACAAGACCUUGCGGAUAGUCCAGGGAUUCGAAAUCCAAAUUUAAACACAGCUAGAUGUGUUAUUCAAGGCCACAAACUUAAUCUGUCGGCCACUGAACGUGCUCCUUUUAUCAGGACAAUCCUAUGGUGUUCUCUUGGUUUUGUUGUCCUAAGUAGCAUGCUGUUAGUUCGUUUUAUCCUGGAAGUGCAAAGAAAAGCUUGGCCAGGCACAAACGUUCAUGAAAGACAUAGCCGAAAAGAGAAAUCGAUGGCAAAGGCUGUAUGUAUUUCAGCUUUUUUCCUUUUCCUACUAGGUAGCGUAACAUUAGGUUAUGUUCUUGUGAAAUCAAUUAUUUGUGUUGCAAAUAGUGAAGCAUCCUUUGACAUCCCAGUUAUUCUUGGAUCAGUAUUUCUUUACAGUUUCUUAUUUUUCGGUAUCUGGAAAAAGAUCUUUCCUAAAAGUUAUGUAAGAUAUUAUUCGUGUAUUUUCUUUAUUUGUGUAAAUGCGACUAGUUAUCAUUUUUGCUGGAUCAUGAUCGGCAUGAUGAUUCACCCAGUGUGGGCUUUGACUGUUGCUCUUGUGAUCUGCUGUUUCUUUGCAUCUCUGACAUAUGCCAUUUACCUUUAUUUGUACAAGGCUAACCCUAGUGACGGAAGUUGCAUUGACAUACAGUGCCUCGUGUCUUGUACAUCUGGUUUUCUGGCUGUCUUGCCCCUCAUUGUUAUAGUUGUUUUUGCAGGCCAGUCAUAUGAUGGCAAAGAAACAGCAGAUGAUGUAUUGAAAACCAUUAUGUUGUAUUUUAUUGGUGCCUUUAUCUCCUUUAUCACCCUGAAGACGCACAUUCUAACGGUGGAAAAAAUUCGACCUGACACUCCCUCACCUGCAGGGAAUUCAUCUGCACAGAGUCAA